GUUUGUGAAAAGCAUAAAAAUCUCCUUUUUCAUUUGCCGUCAACCUUCGUAUCUUUUUCAUUUCGCCCUUUCGCUCCUGCACCGUUUCCUCCGAUCCCGCUACAGAAAAUGGCGUUCGAGAAGAUCAUAGUCACGAAUCCCAUCGUAGAGAUGGACGGAGAUGAAAUGACUCGUGUUUUUUGGAAAUCAAUCAAGGAUAAGCUUAUUUUCCCAUUUUUGGAAUUGGAUAUAAAAUACUUUGACCUUGGCCUUCCUCAUCGUGAUGCUACUGAUGAUAAAGUCACGGUAGAAAGUGCAGAAGCCACUCUGAAGUAUAAUGUGGCAAUCAAAUGUGCAACUAUAACUCCAGACGAAGCUCGUAUGACAGAGUUCAACCUGAAAUCUAUGUGGAAGAGUCCAAAUGGGACAAUCAGGAAUAUCUUGAAUGGUACGGUCUUUAGAGAACCAAUUAUCUGCAAAAACGUUCCCCGGCUCAUUCCAGGGUGGAAUAAGCCCAUAUGCAUUGGAAGGCAUGCUUUUGGCGAUCAAUACCGAGCAACUGAUACUGUUAUCAAAGGCCCCGGCAAGCUCAAAUUGGUGUUUGAGGGGAAAGAAGAAGAGACUGAAUUAGAGGUGUAUAACUUCACAGGCGCUGGUGGAGUAGCCUUAUCUAUGUAUAAUACUGAUGAGUCCAUCCAUGCUUUUGCUGAGGCAUCAAUGAAUACAGCUUACGAGAAGAAGUGGCCACUUUAUCUAAGCACAAAAAAUACAAUUCUUAAGAAAUACGAUGGAAGAUUCAAGGACAUAUUCCAAGAGGUGUAUGAAAGUCAAUGGAAAUCCAAGUAUGAGGCUGCAGGCAUAUGGUAUGAACAUCGACUUAUUGAUGAUAUGGUUGCCUAUGCACUUAAAAGUGAUGGUGGUUAUGUGUGGGCAUGCAAGAACUACGAUGGAGAUGUACAGAGUGAUUUCUUGGCUCAAGGUUUUGGGUCUCUUGGAUUGAUGACAUCAGUACUGGUGUGCCCUGAUGGAAAAACCAUUGAAGCUGAAGCAGCACAUGGCACAGUUACACGUCAUUACCGGGUUCAUCAGAAGGGUGGUGAGACCAGUACAAAUAGCAUUGCUUCAAUCUUUGCCUGGUCACGGGGCCUUGCACACAGGGCAAAGUUAGAUGGCAAUGCUAGACUGCUGGAUUUCACUGAGAAACUGGAAGCAGCUUGCAUUGGAACUGUGGAAUCAGGGAAGAUGACCAAAGAUCUUGCACUUAUCAUCCAUGGAUCCAAGAUGACCCGAGAUAAGUAUCUGAAUACUGAAGAGUUCAUUGAUGCAGUGGCAGAGGAGCUGAAAGCAAGACUCUCUGGCAAAUAAAAAGCUGUCUGAAUAGAGUGCAGGUGGAGGUGUGUUGUGGUCUUUAUGCUGAAAGAAAUAAGAGGGAAGGCCCAGGUGUUUAUCCCAGUAGUGGUCUUUCAAUCAUGCACUGUACUUCUCUUCCGAAUUUUAUUUUUUCCAGUUUCUUCAUCUGGAUAUAUCAAUUCCCCACGUGGAGAAAACUUCCCUGA